AAUCUCCUCACGACAUCCCCAGCGGCCCCCGUUAUCCCCGCCAUUGUCGCCCGGACAAGCCUGAAAACCACCGCCAAACUUUUUCCAGCCACAUGCGCAAUGUCGGCCGAUGAUAUCGACGAUGAGCUCUUCGCCCUCGCCGGCGGUGACGAAGAUGCAGACGUAGAAGAAGGCGAGGCUUCAUCGCCUGCCGCCUCGUCGCCAAAUUCGCUGGGGUCGGAUGCCAUGGACGAGUCCGACUCGGAUCGCGAUGACGACGAACCAGCACAUGCGGCCGACGUGCCCUAUCCCUUGGAGGGCAAAUACAUUGACGAGGCGGAUAAGCGGCAGAUCAUGGCCAUGUCGCAGCUGGAGCGUGAGGAGAUCCUGGGACAACGCGCCGAAGAGAUGAGCAACGCCAACUUCAAGGCGGAGCUCGCAAGGCGCGCUGCCAAUGUGCAAAAUGACCGAAAGCGAAAAGCCGACUCAGAGGAUCCUGACGAUGCCAUGCGCAAAAGCAGCCGCCCAAAGGUCCAGCCCCGUAAGAAUGAGAAGCUCGAGGCAUACAAGCGCGAACGAGAGCAGCGCGGCCAGCAAAGACAGCGAAACGACGACCGGCGUGGUGGCCGCAGGCGGUCCAGUUCCGCUGAUCGGGACGCUCGCUCAGAUCUCGACGCUGAUGGUGAGAGCGAUGUUGAGUGGGACGACAGAGUACCAGACAAGGCUCGUGAGGAGGUUCCCGCAACACUUCGCGACUUUGAAUCAGUGCGCGUUGGCAGAGGCUUCUUCUCAGAAGUCUGCUUCCACCCAGGUUUUGAAGAGGCCUUGACAGGCGCCUUUGGGCGUGUGGGCGUCGGUCAAGAUGCACAGCGGCGCACUCUGUACAAGAUGGCUCAAAUCAAGGGCUUCUCAGUAGGCAAACCCUACGUUUUCGAAGGCAAAGAUGGCAAACGAGUUGCGACUGAUCAAUACGUCGUUGCGCAACACGGGUCUGUGAAGAAGGACUACCAAUUCCAAUUCAUGUCGAACCAGCGGUUUACCGAGCAAGAUCUCGACAUCUACCGUCAAUCGCUUGCAGAGACAAACGCCAAAGUGCCAACACAGUCUUUCCUUCAACGGAAAUACGAUGACCUCAAGGGGCUCCAGAACCACUACUGGACCGACGCCGACAUUAGCGCACGUAUCGCAAAGUCAAAGAAAUACGCCCACCUUCUCCAGCGCUCGACGUCUGAUUCGCAACCCAAGAUUGCUACACAAUCGGAUGCGGCUGCUCUGCGUGUGGCUGAACUCAACCGCAAGAACCGCAUAUUAGAAGCUGAGCGCGUCCGCAAAGCCCAACUCGAGCAGCAGAGGCAAAAGAAGGUUGAGCAGAAGAAGGAGGCAGCCAGGCGGAAAGCAGAGGAAGAAGCCAAGAAGGCACGAGAAGAAGAGGAGCAGAGGAAGAAGGCCUUGGAUGUUGACGCUCUUUUCGACGGCGAAGGCAGUUCAAGGGCAACAACACCCAACCCCCAGCAGUCCAAGAAGAAAACGGAGCGAAAAGGCCUGCCGACGUUUAGGAAACCAAAGAUGGAUGAUGACAUUAUUGCCAGCAUGGACAUUGGCGUUGAUAUUGAGAUUUGAGCCAUUGAACCGUUUUGCGAUUGGCAACUUGAGUUUGCUCCUUCGUCGUUUGGCUUACUUCUUCUUCUCUCUCUCUUUUCUUGGGCAAUCAAAGUUGAUUUUUUUGCUCUCCUCGGCGGCCCGGACAACACUUGAUAUACCUCUCUAUACCACGAUUUUCUCUUGGUUUAAUGCCUUCUCUUUUUUUAAACCGUUUUAUCCAUUACCGGGUUUUUCCUUAUCCAUCUUAACGUGCUUGCC